AUGUUCGGCAUGCGGCCACAAUACCCGCUACUCGCCGUUGUCAGUGCCACUGAGGGUGCCGCCGAGACCACUCUCCCAGGGGCUGCUUUCUAUGUUGUCCCUACUGCAUUCCCGACCUCAGUCUACUCAUCCUAUUACGAUAGUGCCAGCGCUGCUGUAAUUUCAGCCGCCGUGGACGAGAUUCUUCAAAUCAUAUCAGCUAACAGUAGCGGCCUGGCCGGUAAUUGUUCCAAAUGUGUGGCAGCACUAUCAGUCGCGAAGUUGGCAGCCAACCUUGCGCCCACAUACGUCCCAGACGCCAUGGUAGCUCUCUGCCAGGCCACUGGAUUCAGCUCUAACUCGUCGUGCCAAACCACUUACGAAGCGGGCAGCUUUGGGGCUGUGUGGACGCAGGUGUUGGCGAAAGCUGAUGUUGCGGGCUUGGACGGCCGGUACAUUUGCUCUUCUUUAAGUACGAAGUUCUGCACAGCGCCUCCAGUAAUACCUGUUAAGGCUAUGUUCCCUAAGGAGAGACCGGUGAACGCUAGUAUGCCCGUGAGGAGUGGGAAAAGGGCAAAGAUCUUCCACCUCUCAGAUAUGCAUCUGGCUCUGCAGUCCAUUGGACCGUUGACGGGGACAUCUCGGGAGGAUCCACCAGCAAUGACCUUCUAUACUGGAGACAUGGUUACGCAUGCUCCUUCUCAGGCCCAGCUCUCACAGGCAUUCGUCGAAGAUGUCGAGGACGCCCUCCUUCAGAUGUUCAAAGCGUACAUCGGCGGGCCCAUUUACGCUGCCUUGGGCAACCACGAUAGCAGCCCGGAGAACAACGAUGCCCCACACGCAAUCGACAAUGAUGGUCCACUGGGCGAACAAUUCUCGUGGAAUUAUGAUCACAUCUCAAAACUCUGGGAACACUAUAGUUGGAUUAAUAGUAGCACGCAAGCUGAAGCCGCCUUGCAUUACGGAGCAUACGCGGUCAAUCAUCCACUUGGGAUAAGAAUUAUCACCCUCAAUAGCGACUUCUACUACAAGGGCAAUUACUAUUCUUUUCUGCACUCCGCGGAUCCGGACUACUCUGGGAUAUUCACAUUCCUCAUCGACGAGCUCCAGAAGGCCGAGGAUGCUGGCCAGCGAGCCUAUGUGAUCGCUCACGUCCUUACCGGCUGGGACGGCACAAAUCCCACUCCAACUGGGGCUGAUUACUUCUAUCAGAUCGUCGAGCGAUACUCUCCCCACGUAAUUGCGGGGAUUUUCUUUGGCCACACUCAUGAAGACCAAGCUUUCAUCUACUACAGCAAGAACGGCACGAAUCCGUCUGCUGAGAAUGCGGUUGCCAACGCCUGGGUUGGCCCGUCCCUCACGCCGCUUACAAAUCUGAACUCUGGGUAUAGGAUGUACGAAAUAGACACAGGCUCCUUCGAAGUCAUGGACGCGUAUACAUUUUACUCUGACGUCUCUAAAUUCUCCUCGCUCGACGGAUCUGGGCCGACCUGGGAGUUUGAGUAUUCCACCCGGGAGGCCUACGGGGCAGCAGCGGGAUGGGGCGAGAGCGAGCCCUUGAAUGCGACAUUUUGGCAUCGUGUCACCGAGGCCAUGGAGGAAGACAGAAGCUUGGUGUCUCUGCAGAACACGUACCAGGGCAAGAGCAGUGCGCUGAGCCCCAACUGCACCAGCCAAGCCUGUGCAGAGGCAAGGAUUUGCUACAUGAGGAGCGGAAGUGUUGGAUUGGGGAGGCAGUGUCCUCAGGGAUUUGGGAGCGUCCAGUCUCCGUUCACGGGGCAAAACUUCUAG